AUGGCGGCAUCACUGUUUACUUUCUCUUCAACUUCAAGAAGAGUCGUCCCAGCUCCAAACUCUCUUCCUCUUCCCAUAUACACCAAAGCCACAAAUGUCAUUUUCAAUCCUGAUAUACCAGAUGUUCAUCGCGGUCUUGGACUUGAUGAUUUUGUUGAUUUUUUAGUAUUCUGCAGACUUCGAUACGCUAUCAGUGAGGUUCCAUCAGAGUUCUUUCCCGAACAAGUAUGUGAGUUCUACUACACCGCAACGGUUAAUGAUGAAAACAACGUCAUCUCCGGCACUAUUGGGCGUGGCCGUCGCUCAGUUUUCAUUACCGCUGAUCUCCUCAGUGUUGCACUCAGGUUACUGAUUUUUGAACCCUUCUCUAAGCUUCCAACUAUUGAAUGCUGUCGACGUCUCUUUGAUCAACUGGGCUAUGAUCACUCGAAAGCUGGUGCUCGAUCAGCUCUCAUUAUGCGUCAAUGUAUGACUCCAGGAUGGAAGUUCUUCAUCGGGGCACUUUGCAAAUGUGUGGGUCACAAAUCUCGUAGUGGUGAUCAACCGAGUACUUAUAAGCAACAAGUUGUCUGUUCCCUUCUUCUCAACAAACGUCUUGAUUAUGGGGCCUUCUUCUUUGAUCAGCUUGUCCAACUUCUUCAUGCCAAUGUACGAGCUGAUCAUGUUCCAUUUCCACGCUGGAUUGCUCUUGUCCUGGAUAAAUUUUUCACUAAAGCCUACUACUUUCACUCUGGAAACCCCAUCCAAUGCCCACGCAUGUCAGUACGAAUGUAUCAGGAUGAUCCACUGGCAAAUGACAUCGGCAUCUCUGAUCAAAUUCAAGAAUGGAUCGCAAAUCCAUAUAUCAUUCCUUCACUAAACGCUGACACUGACGAAGGAGCUGAUGAUAACAACGAAAUUCAUGUUGAUCUACAAGCUAAAAUGCAAGACAGUGGUCAUAUCUCCCCUCAACUUUCUCAUCAUACUAUUUCUGUCACUGAAAGGGUUCACUCAGCUCAGGGAGAGCAACAAUCUCAGGGGAAGCAACCAUCUCAGGGGGAGCAACCCUCUCCGGGGGAGCAGCAUCGAUCACAAGAAAUUCCAGGUACUCAGCUCAUUCAAAUCCUGGCCUCAACGUUUAAUGAGCUUCUUACACUGACUCGAGACAUGAUUCAGCGUCUUCUACAUAUUGAGGCUGAUGUCAACCAACUGAAGGGAGUUCUUCUGUCAACUCUUUCCCCUGGCCCAAAUCAUGAUGAUGAUCAAAAAGGGGGAGAAACUGAUUUUGUUGAGCUUGGAUCUGAAGAGAUCAUUUUAAACUAG